ACAGUAACAAGCCUGUCCCAAAAUAGUCCUGGUUCUCCACAUAAUGGUUAAAGAUCGGAUCUUUCUACUAACUCUUACAUGCUCCAUCUUUAUGUUGCUUGUUGGCUGUGAUGAUUUUCUAGAGGUCCGCUCGCUAGAAGAUAACAUGAAGGCUCAAGAAGAAAAAGAACUGAUUGAAGCUCUUCAGGAGGUUCUUGAAAAACUGAAAAACAAACAGAUUCCCACUGCAGAGAAAAAGUUUGGUUGGGUUCCCUCGUGUGACGCAGGUGAGCAGUGUGCAGUACGAAAAGGUGCACGUUUUGGGAAGCUGUGCAGCUGUCCAGGAGGAACCACCUGCAGUUUCGCCAUUCUCAAGUGUUUGUAAAGCAAGUGUCACACUUCAGCAUUUUACCAUAAAUGAUAGGCUAGUAAUGUUUAUUUCAUGUCACUGUUGUAACAAAUAGCCUAUUUUAUCAUAAUGAAAAGCCACAUCAAAUAAAUGCAUGCAGUUUUGUAUAUGUCUCUGUUAUUGUUUACGACAUGAGUCAAAAAUUAAUUGUACAAACAUGAUGUAUCAUAUAAAACAAGCAGGACUAUUUAAUGAGAUCUUGUGGUUUAAUGGCCACCAGGUGGCGCAAUUGUUUUCAC